AUAUUGUUCGAGGUUCUCGGAGUAUUGCGUUUGGCUCGAAAAACGAGAUUACAGAUAUAAGGAAUUUGCAGUAUGUUCACUGGCAUGAACUGAUGUGCGCUAUGAUUGAUUGAAUUUCAUGGAUAAGCACAUGGACGUAUAAUAUUAAACGCAAUUUGAAACCGGGCAAGUCUACCGAAUCAGCAUCUUCCGUCAGAGCGGCGGUGCAGCCCCGCAGGAAGAACGCGCGUGCCGCUGUACCUCUCUGCUCCGGUCCUAUUUUCACGUUCUUUCAGCUCUUGUGAGGUAGCGAUGUUCUAAGGAUCUAAAGAGCCACAGAGCCGAGCAUUGGUUGGUGGUUUAUUGGACCUUUUCUGGAGGGGAUAUUCAGUUGGAUUUUAAGAACUGCCGCCCCUGGAGUUGAACUGACCAUAUUCAGGUGGGUGUGAGGCGGGUCACCCGGCGAGAAACAUGGAGACGUUCAGGAGAAUAGCAGGUGCGCUGUCGGGCAGGUGGCUGUGGGGAGCCGCCCUGUUCCUGCUGGUACUACAAGCCAACAGCAUCAGCGCUCAGGACAAUGUGACGAGCCCGGCCCCCACCAAGGCCGUGUGCAGCAUGGAGGCCGAUCCAUGCAAGAAGGGUGUCAUAUUACCUCUGUGGGAACCCGUUGUCAUGACCGAGGGCGACAAGGCUGCAAGAGCUACGAUCUACUUUGCCGGUUUGCUCUUCUUUUUCCUGGGAGUUUCAAUCAUUGCGGACAGAUUCAUGGCUGCCAUUGAGGUCAUCACUGCACAGGAGAGAGAAGUAACAAUCAAGAGAUCAGAUGGUACAACCCAAGUUGUGGUUGUCAAAGUCUGGAACGAGACAGUUUCCAACUUGACUCUCAUGGCUUUGGGAUCUUCAGCCCCUGAGAUCCUUCUGUCCAUCAUUGAAAUCAUAGGAAACAACUUUAAUGCAGGAGAUUUGGGACCAGCUACCAUUGUAGGUAGUGCUGCCUUCAACCUGUUUGUCAUCAUUGCCAUCUGUGUACAGGUGAUUCCUGAUGGUGAGGUCCGCAGAAUAAAGCAUUUGAGAGUGUUUAUCGUCACUGCAUCGUGGAGCUUGUUCGCAUACCUGUGGCUAUUCCUCAUCCUUUCUGUCAUCUCACCAAAACGUGUAGAUGUGUGGGAGGGAAUCGUCACCCUGGCCUUCUUCCCUGUUUGUGUGCUCAUCGCCUAUGUUGCCGACAGGAGAUUGCUCUUCUACAAGUACCUGGACAAGAGAUAUCGUGCAAGCAGGAGCAAGAAGGUCAUUGUGGCAUCUGAAGGUGGUGACAUGGAGCUGGCUGAGAAGGGUGGGGAGGAUGACUUGGCUGAUGGUGAUCUUCCAUAUGGAGUUGGUGACAACAAGCGAGAAAUCCAAGAACUGCUGAAGGAUUUGAGGAGGAAAUAUCCCGAUGCUGACAUGGAUACCCUCAUGGAGAAGGCCAAUUACGAGCUGCUCAACAGCGGCCCUAAGAGCAGAGCAUUCUACCGUAUCCAGGCUACCAGGAAGAUGACCGGAUCAGGCAACGUCAUCAAAAAGGGCAUCCAGAAGGACAUGCAAAGGGAAGCCAGCCUCGCAGAGAUCAGGAUAGGCCAGGAGGAUGACUCCAUCACUAAGGUGUACUUCGACCCAGACACUUUCACCGUUCUGGAAAAUGUGGGCACAUUCGACGUGACUGUUGUCCGCAGGGGUGGAGAUCUCAACCGCCCUACCUACGUUGAUUACAAGUCUGAGGAUGGCACGGCCAACGCGGGCUCCGACUACGAGUAUGUGGAGGGCACCCUGUAUUUCAAGCCAGGUGAAACACAGAAGGAGAUCUCCGUUACCAUCAUCGAUGACGAAGUCUUUGAGGAGGAUGAGCAUUUCUUCAUGAAGCUGAGCAACGUCCGCACCAGCCCAGAGUCAGGGGGCGCCAACGACAUCAAGCUGGUCAGCCCUGCCGUAGCUACCAUCAACAUCCUGGACGAUGACCACGCAGGAGUCUUCACCUUCGAGGACAAGGAGUUAGAAGUUCAUGAAAGUGUUGGCACCUACAAGUUGAAGGUUAUCAGGGGAGCAGGUGCCAGAGGUGUGGUCCGUGUCCCGUAUCGCACCAUCGAUGGAAUAGCCAAGGGUGGUGGUGAUGACUACGAAGACGCUUUUGGCGAGCUGGAAUUCCAAAACGACGAAACAUCAAAGCACAUCGACAUUGUCAUCAUUGACGAUGAAGAAUAUGAGAAGGACGAGAAUUUCUUUGUUGAGCUUGGUGAGCCCUACAAGGUCAAGCCAGAAGGAGAAGAAGGGGGAGAGGAAGAGGAGGAGGAAGUAGAGGAACCAACCAAGCCAGUGGAGGAGAUGACCGAAGAGGAGCGCAUCAAAUGGCUGGGCAGGCCACAACUGGGCGAACACAAGAAGGUCGAGCUCAAGAUCAUCGAGAGCUACGAGUUCAAGAAUGCCAUGGACAAACUGAUGAAGAAGACAAACCUUGCCCUGGUGGUUGGUACCUCCUCAUGGAGGGAGCAGUUUGUGGAGGCUGUCACUGUUUCAGCAGGGGAAGAGGAGGAAGGUGAUGAUGAUGAUGAGGAAGGUGAGGAGGGCGAGGAGGGUGAGGAGAAGUUGCCCUCCUGCUCUGACUACGUCAUGCACUUCCUAACCCUGUUCUGGAAGGUACUGUUUGCCUUUGUGCCUCCCACUGACUACUGGGGUGGAUGGGCAUGCUUCAUCGUGUCUAUCAUCUGGAUUGGUAUCUUGACUGCACUGAUUGGUGACCUGGCUUCUGGAUUUGGCUGCACAGUUGGUCUCAAGGAUGCUGUCACCGCCAUCUCCUUUGUGGCCCUUGGGACUAGUGUGCCAGAUACCUUUGCCAGCAAGGUGGCUGCAGUUCAAGACAAGUAUGCUGAUGCCUCUGUGGGUAAUGUGACAGGCAGUAAUGCUGUCAAUGUGUUCCUGGGCAUUGGGGUUGCCUGGUCCAUAGCUGCUAUCAAACAUGCAGUUGAAGGGAACCCGUUUGAGGUAGAUCCAGGAACAUUAGGUUUUGCUGUCACCCUUUUCUUCAUCUUUGCUAUUGUAACCAUUACAGUAUUGAUGCUUCGUCGGCUACCUGCUGUAGGUGGUGAGCUUGGAGGAAACCCCAAAUUUAAGCUCCCAACCUGUCUGUUGUUGGUUGGAAUGUGGAUGAGCUAUGUAGUCAUCUCUGCUUUCCAGAGCUAUUGCUACAUCCCAGGUUUCUAAGCUCCUAAUAACACCAAAAGGUGGAAUAUAAGGUCUUAUUGAUGCUCUGAAGGAUAUGAUGUUAACAUCAAUAGACUGGUAUCUCUUAAAUUGUGCUGAUGAGGGGUAGUGCAGGAGCUCUAGCUGUUCACCAUCACUCUUUUACAACAGCACACUGGCCCUCACAUCAAGGCACAAGGAUUGGUGGCAUGGAUAGGUCUCAUUGCAGAGAGUGUAGAUAAGGGCUUUUCUAACAAUUUCUUAACACAAGAAGCUUAAGCUGAAACUUGACUUUUCUAUACCUACAGAGGAGACGGGUGCUAUGCAUAGAGCGAUUUCAGGGUGUAAGGUAUAAGCAAAAUUUUAAACAAGAAUAGUGAAAGAAUAGUGAAGUUUAUCUUUACCAAAUAUGAAUGGAACUUAGCUACAUGACAACAACAUGCAAUGAGAUCAUGUUCUCUGCCUGAGUGUGAGUUGGAUGACUCCACCUUCUCAGAACAAUACAUGAACACUACCAGGCUGGCAGCCUAGGUCUGCCCCAUGUACACAACUGAGGACCAAUUCUGAUACCACAGACAAUGCAGUGGGUCUAUUACACACUAGCCAGAUGGUUCUAUCUGCCCUUCAGUCAUGUCAUCUGCAAAAUAUGCAUAGAGAUCUAGACCCACAGUAUCAAACCAGUUAGCAGACCUAUUGAUUUCCAAUGAUAGUAAAUAUAAAUAUAAAAUAUAAAAGAGUAAAAAAAUGGCAAAAGGUAAGAAGAAAAUGGAUCAUGCAUACUGCAUUGCUAGCUUUCAUCUGUAGUUUUCAUGCAGUGCUGCCAGACCCUGGCUGUGGCAGUUGCAACAAAAAAGUUGCAUUGAUCCUAUUAGAAUGCUUUCAGUCAUGUAGCUUAUCUCAAGUUUGAGACAAAAAGUCAAGUUUCAGGUUGAGCUGGGAAGGUUUUGUCAUUCUUGGGAGGGGCAAGCUUAUGUAGACACCAUGCAGCACUGUGUGACAGGUAAUGCUUUCUCUGUGGCUAGGAAACUGUAUGCAAUGAAAGAGGUAAUGUGUAACAUUUUAACAAUAGGAAUAAAAUAUUAAUAUCCUGAAAUAUACUCGAUGGAAAUUUCUAACCAAGCUUUCUUGGUUGCUGGAGAGUUAGGCUGAUAAGAGUCAAGUAGUAUUUACAUAUUUGCUCGUUGUCUAGGUUUUUGGAAAUGACUGUAGAUAGGAAGCGUUUUCAAGUUGAUGCUUUGAGAGAUAUCUAGAGCGUAGAGCAAUAGAAUAGUUGGCAAUUUGUAAUGAAAACACAAUAGAGUAUAUUUAUUAAGUAAACAUUAAGCAAUGUGUGACAAAAUAUAUUGGUAAUGGACAGCUUAUAACAAUACCUGCUGAAUCAACUAUUGGCCAAUGAAGAACUGUGGAUUUUUAAUAACAAAAAAUGGAAUACACAAAUAUUACUACAUACUACAUGUCUGCAAGUCUAUAGAAGUUGAAUAAGAACAGUUAAUGAAACACUUGCCACCCUUUUAUAUCCGUGCAAUUUGAAUGCCAUCCCUUCAUUCAGUACCAUGCUAUAGUAAGGCUGUUGUCAGCUCAAGUGAAUGCACUAUUUAUCCUCUGUAUUAUAAACAAUUGUCUCCAAAAUUUUCUCUUUCUCCUACACAUACGUGGUUUGCAUGUGUGGUGUAAGUGUAAAGAAAUGUCUGUCUUGUGACCGCUUAUCAGUUUUUGGUAAGCACGACUCUUCCACCAUCAUUAUCCCAUCAGCUCCAAAAUCAGCGUGAGUCAAUCAUGUUUGUACAGAUUUUACAACAGAAAUGAGCUAACAUUUAAUUACUAGAGAGAAAAAACAUGAAUAUUCUAAAAGAAUUCCCUUUAUGAGGAAUGGUGACCACUAAUCAUCAUAUAGAUUAGAAGCAAUAUCUUUGACUGCAUGUAGACACUUGAAAGAAAGUGGCAAUAGACUGGUGCGAUGGUCAGGACAUUGUGGAAGCAUGGAUAUUGGAGUAUUUGUUUCAAGUUGUUUGUAAAUGAUGCAGGGUCAUAACAAUAGUCUUCACAACUGUACAUAAUGCAUGCAUGUGUAGUUUAAUCAUUGAUGUAGUAAUUAGGAUUUUAUCACUUUCAAGGAAUUAGAGGAAGGCUUCACAAAUUGUCUAAUUAAGAUUUGAUAUGAAUUUUAGUAAGGGCACUUUUGUGGGUGUAUAUUGAACGCCAUGUCUUUUAAUUUAUUGUUUGGAGUGUGAGGUUGUGUUUUUUAUUGGUGUAGCUACAGGUGAUGUUUUGUUACAUGUAUGUACUAUCAGCACCUCUGGAGCUUUGACAUAUGUGCAAAUGAAGUUUUUGUCACCCAUUAUGUGACUUCAUUUGUUGGAAGAUCCCCUUCAAAGCACCAGCACUUUCAUGGUGAAACUGCUGUUGCUGUGAUUGUGCACCUUCCUAGGCCAAGAUCCGUAACAAUUAUCAAGAACACAAAAAAUUAUAACAGUUACUGUACUUAAAAAAAGAAACACAGCAGACUUUAUUGUUUAGAUAAUAAUUGCAGAAACAAGGAGUGGUCUGUGGAAUGAUGUUAAGGUGGAACUGGGUAGUUGUAAAAAAAAUAGGAGAGCCAUCCGUCCAAGGGUCCCACUCAGGGAUGUUUGGGCUGAUUCUACCUCAGGGUUUGUAGUCACCAACAUAGGCUGUUCGCCAUGUCCAUAGCCUUGGGUCUCCUUUCUGUGGAAAGGGGACCUAUACAGGCUCUAUGCUGUGUCUAAUAUUGUACCAAAUGCUGUGAAAACUGAGUGCAGUAGUGAGCUAUAAAAGUCUGAAGAGACCUGUGCUAGUACGUCACCAUACUACAAGCAAAUUUGAUUUGUGAAAAGUGACUACAGAAAUUAACCUUGCGCUUUCUACUGGCAGAAUAUCACUUGCUUCUGCAGUCAGUUUAGCUGUAAUAGCUACCUACAUGUACUGCAUACUUGUCAGAUACUUGUCAGUUCUUGCUAGUUUUUACUGUCUUCUGUGUAAAUUAUUUGAAAUAAACUUGGGAGUGGA